CGAUGACGAAGGUGUUUCCAUUCUAUCCUACUAUACACGUUCACCUAUACAAUGAUUGAUAGACAGGGAAUACGCACUCGCAAGGACCAGAGCUGAACAGCAUGGAUCAUGUCGAUUUCAACGCCAUCAAACCCCUCCUUCGCGCUUAUGCGUUAGGACAUGUCACCUUCACGGGUCCCAGAUUGUUCGGUUUCCUAAGAAGUCUACGAAGACAGAAACUCUCGACGCAAGAGAACUUGAAUAUACUCUGCACCAUUCUCAAGACCUCCACUCAGCCCAAUCGAUUUCCUACCGCGGCGGCAAUAAUCGUUGGAGGAGCUACGGCUCUCCCUCGCCUCGUCCGUGCAAUCCUUCAAAAGGUCCUUUCCAUUUACAGCAAUGGGCCAACUCGUCUGAAUGACAGACUCACACGCCGUAUACAAUUUGUUUGCUCCCUGCUUUCGGCAUGGCUGGCCUUCGAUCUUCUGAACCGCGAUGAAAACUGGUUCCGAAAACGUGGUAUCAGUAGCCUCGAAUCGCCCAACAAACACCACCUCCCUCCACCCUCGUACCAACCUCAGUAUGCUGGCAAGACUAUCGAUUUCACACUGUUUGCAUUCUGCCGAGCUCUAGAUAUCGUCAUAAUAUCUGCAUGGACACGAAGUCGCUCGAAGCCAUGGCAUCUCGAACAACGAAACCCAGGACUAGCAAACGACCUUCGCAGACUUGCAGAUCCGACCAUUUUCUCGAUUUCAGCAGCAAUCAUCAUGUGGUCAUGGUUUUAUGCUCCUGAUCGACUACCUCGCGAGUAUAACCAGUGGAUAUCAAAAGUGGCCGAUAUAGAUGCUCGACUCAUCGAAGGUCUUCGGCUGGCACGCCGAGGAGAGUUUGUGUAUGGGGAGGACACGGGAAAAGCUGGACUCCUACAGCCAUUAUGCCAGAAGCUCGGUCUGCCCGAGGGAUAUGGUGAUCCAACUAAGACUAUCCCGAUACCAUGUGAGUUGUAUCACUCUGGCACCGGCAAAAGCUGUGAAGUGCAUGCUGCAUCGAGGUUCUCGCGAAGCUGGAAAUUCGCAAUGGAGAUUUACGUGCCUCUACAACUGCUUGCGCGUAUCCGGACUCCCAACUUGAAGUCUGCAAUGGAGGGUCUCAAGGCCGCAGCGAGGUCGUCAUCAUUUCUGGCAGCAUAUACCGCUUUGGUUUACUACGGAAUUUGCCUUGCUCGAACCCGGCUCGGGCCCAAGAUCUUCUCAACCAAAACCGUAACGCCGCAGAUGUGGGACUCUGGGCUCUGUGUUCUGGCAGGCUGUCUGGCAUGUGGAUGGUCCAUACUCCUAGAGAAACCAAGUCGACGACAAGAAGUUGCUUUCUUCGUUGCUCCAAGAGCAUUAGCCACUCUGCUGCCUCGAGUGUAUGACAGGCAGUACAGAAUCAGGGAACAGGCCGUGUUUGCGACCAGUGUCGCAUUGGUCCUCACCACACUAAAGUCUGGCAACGAACGGAAUGUGAGAGGCGUGCUCGGAAGGCUAUUGGGCAGUAUCAUGAGGGAGUGAAUGACCUUCUCUCAUCCGUCGAACUGGCUUUCGGACCCAGAGACUCUCAAUUAAAUUCCAUGCUGAGGUUUGAGAACACAUUGUCAUCUCACACUCCGCGCAGAAGGUCACUCCCAGAAACAGACUGAACUCAUCGAAGCA